GAGAAGGGAGUGGAUACCUCUCUCCAUAGCCGCACUUUAACAGUUCCACCGGAAACGUGCUCGCUUUUAAAGGUGCUCUUUUUUUGGAGUGUUUCCAUUGGCGAGACGGCAUCGGGUCUUUUGACACGGGGACUCAGGGAGGAAGGAUCUGUCGCUGUCGGGAGCUAUCCAGUGCUGAAGUUGCAUUUCGUCUGUGCGGAAGGGCUCGCGCAUAUCGGAAAGGGCGCAUCGCUAUACGGAGGUUCCGCGUCUUUUUCCUCGCUCAGGUGUUUGAGUUUCAGCCCAGCUGCACCACAAGGCUGUCGAAAUCUUAUAUUCUGCGGUGGAUGAAGAGAGGAUAACGUCCCGGGCGAGGGUUUGUGCGCUGCGCUCUAAACAUGCCAAGGUCUUUUUUGGUGAAAAAGGUGAAGCUUGAUGAUUUCUCAUCCACUGAACUUGAGAGCGCGUACUGCAGGUCCAGGACCGAUCUAAGCUUUCGGAUACACGACAAAGGGUACAUCAGCGACUACAUCACCCCGGUCGUUUACGAUGGAGAAAGUGACGGUGGCAUUAAAGUACCAUCUCCAGGACCAAUUUAUGACAGCAAUCACAGUGACUAUGGGGCACCCGACUCGGACCAGCCUGACAGCCCGCAGUCAGAGAUCACGUCGGGGUACAUUAACGGUGACAACGCCGUGAGCGAAGGUUAUACGGUGGAUGCGUUCUAUAUCACGGACGGCCGGUCACGCAGGAAAGUGAUCAGCGGCUCGCGGACCAUCCAGCGGCACACGUGCAACGAAUGUGGAAAAACCUACGCAACGUCUUCAAAUCUGAGCAGGCACAAACAGACGCACCGGAGCCUGGACAGCAAGAUGGCCAAAAAGUGCCCGACAUGCGGGAAAGUGUACGUGUCCAUGCCAGCCAUGGCCAUGCACCUGCUUACCCAUGACCUCAAGCACAAGUGCGACAUAUGUGGCAAAGCGUUCAGCAGACCUUGGCUGCUGCAGGGUCACAUGCGCUCUCACACGGGUGAGAAGCCAUUUGGAUGUGCACACUGUGGAAAAGCGUUUGCCGACCGCUCCAACCUGCGUGCGCACAUGCAGACGCACUCGGCGUUCAAGCAUUACAAAUGCAAGCGAUGCAACAAAACUUUCGCGCUCAAGUCCUACCUGAACAAGCACUACGAGUCCGCGUGCUUCAAAGGCGCGUUCUCGCCACUCGGGUCUGUUGAAGCAUGACUUCCGGUCUCCGAAUGCUUAUAGACACAUUCACCCCAUCACAUUUUAGGAUGAUUACGCUAUUUUACCCAGUAUUGUCUCACGAUCUAAAUGAAAUCCAGUAAUAGCACAAUUUUAUCUAUUUUUCGCAAGUUGACCUUAAAGGAAUAUGGAAGCGUACGCAUGCACUUCAUGUCCUGAUUUGACGUUCAGACAGUUCAGCGCGGCGCUGCGCAGCUCUUGACUAUUGCGUGCGGCGUCCAGUGAAGAUUUGAGUGACACCAUGUUCCUCAUUAAAAUAAAACUCUUUUGUAUUGUCAGUGGAUAUUAUCAUACUGCUGCAAGUGGCCCAAACGUAUUCGCAAUCGAGGUAAACAUUUUGAUUUAUUUAUUGUCUUAUUUAUUUUUGUUUAUUUUGUUUUAUGUAUGUCACCAAGGAUGUAUAAGUCUAUAUGAUGCGCUGCAAGUGUUAUUUUACGAUUCGUUUGCAUUUCUUUUUCUUCCUUUAAAGCUUUAUCUUUUAUGUUGUUGUUAACAUGCCAAAGCAUUUAUAUACAUGCUGAACAAAAUUGUGUUUGUUUGUUGUAUUUCGUUAAUUGGUUUUAUUUAUUUAUGUUAAUUUAUUUUUGUAAACCUACUUAAUGCAUGCAAAAUGAAAAAAGAAAUCUAUGCCAGUACCACGAAGCUUAUUAUUUUGCCAAAAUGUAGAGAUAGUUUCAGGGGGCAAUAUUUCUAGGGGUUCUCAUAAAAAUAUAAAAAGCAAUAAUCAUAAUGCAUGGUAUUUUUGAAAGUAAUAAAGUAUUACAUAUAGCAGUUUUUUUCUAAAUCAGGUACGUUUUGAUCCAGUACUCUUAAUAAUCACUUAAAAUACCACAUCAGGGAAAAUGCCAAUGUAGUGUUUAGUAAAUCAAAAGACGAAAAUCCAUAAAUCUCAGCCAUCUUCCUUUGCUCUCUGCUUAUGCACUGCCUGCCUCAAUUUUACGUAGAUUUAGGACGUAGGCCCAAAAGUGCUGUAACUCCACUCUAAGCAAUUCAGAACCGUUCUGAAGUGUGGAACACCCUGUCUGAAAAUCUAAUGGCUUUUCGGAGGUUAACUCAAAGGGACAUGCAAGGACACGCAAGGACAGGAAGGUGUACCAUCUGCAUAGCUUGUGUCUAAUGCUCUCGCACAUUGCAUUCCCGACUUUUUCUCCCGUUUGGGUGUUCCCACGAUUUGUACUGAAAGCACUUCAUCGUAGAAAUUCUUAAAGUAGCACAAAAACCUAGAUUCAGGUAGAUGUUACCUAGCUCAAUCUUCCUUUUUUAUAUCUUGAAAGAGGGGUGUCUAAACGGCUCAGUUUGUGAGAUGAUCUUCAUGUAGAUACUAAUUUGAAGAGGAAACGCCUUUUUACUGUAGAUGAAUUCACUGAACCUCUGUUAAAGAAGAAAACAAUGUCCUGCGACUUUUUGAGCCAAUGUUUAACUGAUGUAAGCACAAGACACAAGGCAUUUUAAG